AUGAUAGCUGGUCUGCCGCAGUUCGCGCAGAAAGUCACUACUUGCGCCGCUGAGCAAGCCGACGUCACGACGCAGAAGCAGGACGAAGAAAUCAUCGCGGCCAGGAAGGGUGCCGGCGAUGCCAAGACGGAGAAGUCACCACAGGAACGGUCUUCGAGAGAGGUGUCCGAAGACGAUGACGGGAAGAAGGGUGCCGUUGAUGACGAUGGUGAUGGUGACCAUGAUGACGAUGAUGCCGUUGUCCACGGAGAGGACUGCCACAUGCAAGGGGACGACACCGAGGAAGGCAAAGGGGAGAAGCACGAGAAUAGCGGCAAGGAGGAGGAGGAGGAGACGAGGCAUUGA